UAGUUGUCUGCACUGUGCAGUCUGCUUGUCAAAAUUCAUCACAUUAAAUUAACAAAAAUGGGUCUUUUUGGGCGAUCACAAGAUAAAAAUCCAAAAGAAAUGGUUAAUGAAUGGACACAUAAAUUACGCAAAGAAAGUAAUCAAAUUGAUAGACAGGUUAGAGCAAUUCAAAGAGAAGAAGAUAAAGUAAAACGAUCUUUAAAAGAUGCUGCCAAAAAAGGUGAUAAAGAUGUUUGUAAAAUCUUAGCAAAAGAAGUUAUCCGUGCUAGAAAUGCAUGUAACAAAUUACAUACAUCAAAAGCACAUUUAAAUUCUGUUACUUUACAAAUGAAAAAUCAACUGGCUACUAUAAGAGUCGCAGGUUCUGUAUCAAAAUCUACAGAAGUUAUGCAGGCAAUGCAAGCACUUAUCAAAGUACCUGAAGUAGCAGCAACUAUGAGAGAACUUUCAAAAGAAAUGAUGAAAGCGGGUAUAAUUGAAGAAAUGAUGGAUGAAACAUUAGAUUCUUUUGAAGAUUCGGAAGAAAUGGAAGAAGCUGUAGAUGAAGAAGUAGACAAAAUUCUAUGGGAAGUAACUGCUGGACAAAUGGGACGUGCACCUGAUGUUGUUACUGAUACCCUGGGAGCAUCUGCAUCCAAAGAAGAAGAUAUUGACGAACUCAAUGAUGAUAAAGAACUUGAAGACAUGAAAAAUAGGUUGCAAAGUCUGCGUAGUUAGAUUUAGUUCUAGA